UUGGACGAUUUUCAAAACAACCAGCAGAAAGUCUAUAUUUUCGAUACAACGCUCCGCGAUGCUGAACAGACACCCGGUGCUGCACUCGGUAUUGAGGAAAAGCUGGAGAUUGCCAAGCACCUCGCCAAAUUAAAUGUUGAUAUCAUUGAAGCCGGAUUCCCAAUUUCGUCGCCGGGAGAUUUCGAGGCUGUCAAACGGGUAGCCAACGAAGUUGAAGGACCGGAGAUCUGUGCACUCUCUCGCGUUGUGGAGAAGGACAUUACUGCCGCAUGGAAAGCUAUUGAGGACGCACCACGUGCCCGUAUCCACACUUUUGUCGGAACAUCACCGAUUCACAUGGGACGCAUUACACGGACGACCCCCGAAGAUACGCUGCGAAUGGCAACCGAUGCAGUCGCCUAUGCAAAGAGUUUGUGUGAAGGACACCCGGAUGCGAAUGUCGAAUUUUCACCAAUGGACGCGGGACGGACGGAAUUAGCGUUCCUUUAUGAAGUCGUUGAAGCGACCAUCGCUGCAGGCGCAACCGUCGUCAAUAUCCCGGAAACCGUCGGAUGGACAGUACCGACGGAAUUUGGGAACUUAAUUAAAGGCAUCAUAGAGAAUGUCCCAAAUGUUAACGAUGCCAUUAUCAGUGUACACUGUCAUAACGACCUCGGUUUAGCGGUGGCGAACAGUCUUAUAGCAGUGGAGCAAGGCGCGCGGCAGGUGGAAUGCACAAUCAACGGACUCGGAGAACGUGCUGGUAAUACUGCGCUGGAAGAGGUCGUCAUGGCGAUCCGAACUCGGCGUGACUACUUCAAAGGGUAUUACACCGACAUUAACGCGAAAGAAAUCGCCCCAAUCAGCCGGCGUGUGAGUCGGACGAUGGGCAUUGCCGUUCAACCGAACAAGGCGAUUGUCGGUGCGAACGCAUUCGCACACAGUUCGGGUAUCCAUCAGGACGGUAUCAUCAAAUCGCGCGUGACUUUUGAAAUCAUUGAUCCGAAAGAGAUCGGAUGGAAAGAGAGUCAACUGAUUCUCAGCCCGCGUUCCGGACGCAACGCACUCAGACACCGACUCAGCGAACUCGGCUACGAAGUGGAUGCCGAUCAGUUAGACAAAGUCUAUGAAAGAUUCCUGCGGGUCGCUGAUAAGAAAAAAGCAGUGCAGGAUGCCGACCUUGAGGCGAUAAUGAGCGAUGAGAUUCGCUCCAUUCCUGCUGUCUUUGAACUUGAUUACAUCCAAGUCGUCAGUGGAACGAGGAUCGCAUCGACAACGACGGUCGGUGUUCGGACGGAAAAUGGGGUAAUUGAGAAAGCCUCAACUGGGACGGACCGGUAG